AUGGCCUCGAGCAACCUAUGCGAGGAUCCAUGGCGGCAUCGCAGCAACAAACGGACGACGCUGUACGCAAGCGCGGACGGCGUGGGGGCAAGCAAGAGAUUUCCGAAGAAUCGCAGGCCAGAAGACGCCGGGCAUCUUGCAUGGAAGCCUCCACGCCAGAAAAAAGCGGGGUCUCCCGCCGGACGUAGUGGGCGGAGACUCAAGUCGCACCGAAAUGUGGAGAAAGCAAGCGUCGACCGAGUCGACCGGCAUCUGUUGGAUCCGCGGCGCUGCGACAAGCGAGCCGAUUUGCAGCUCGCUAAGCGCAAGCGACACGGUGUGCAGCUCCGCAUUUCCUUGCAGAUGCGGGACUUCGAGCUUGCUUCGACGUCGAAAAGCGGUGCGGUGGUGCUCAGCGAUCGUGCAACCGGAGAGGAAGAGGCGAAGCAGUGA